ACCUCUGACGCCAUGUCCNGGGGGGGUUGAAAUAUGACGCUGCAGGUGGUGCACGUGGGCUGUUGUUUACUUCUUCUAGGAAAAACUGGAUGUGCAGCAGGAGGAGGAGGAGGAGGAAGAGGAGGAGGAGGAGGAGGAGAAGUUGAGAAACAGGGUUCACGUGUGAGAGAGAAAACACAAGACUCUCACACCGACAUCAACAACGCCGGGGAACAAAAUGUCGAUCUGACUCCUCCGGGUUUCUCUUCUUAAGGCUCCUCAAACAGCGCGAGACCUCCACUGACUAUAAUGCUCCAGCUCGGAAGCCUGUUCACCCACUUUCCUCUCAGCUCCAAAGCUUCAGAAAGUGCCCAAGGCCUGAGCCAAGCCAGCGCACAAACACUACCUGAAUUUUUACAGCAUGUCAGGAAGUUCACCGGACUUAGAAAAGAAGAUGUCUUCUGCAAUCUGCGUAUCCCCAACCAGUUUCAGACGACGAAAGAUGACAUCAACAUUGUUAUCCUCACAGGCCAGGGGAUCUUCUGCAUCGAUGUAAAAGCCUGGAGAGGCACCGUGUCCGCUCACAACCAAAACUGGCAUGUACGAGUGAAAGAAGAGGACCAACAUUUUACCAACACCUGCAUCGAGCAAAUUGAAGAUCCCCUCAAAGCCAUCACGACCAAGACGACUAACUUAUGCGGCCAUUUGAAGAGGAGUGGAGUGUCCGUGCGCCAAAGCCUUUUCUUCCCCAGGGUCAUCUUCCUCUCCCCGGACUGCGAGCUGGAGGACGAGCUGAGGAAGAGGAGGGAGCUGGUCUCCCACAGCCAGAUAGAAGACUUCCUCAGAUCCUUCAGGGAGGGCUACAUGGCCUGGAUAUCAGAUGCACUGACUCCCUCCUGGCUCUCUGGUCAUCUGUCGUACAGGCAGAUGGAGUCGGUGCGGGAGGUCCUGGGGGGAGUGGGAACGUGGGAUCUGGUGCGGUUGCACUGUGGCGAGCAGCUGAAGGGCGACUACCAGGGCUGCCAGUACAUCGCCCUCAACCGACAGGAGACGGACACACUCGAGUUUUCCAGAGUCAAGACCCUGUCGGCUGAUUCGCUGUGGGUGCUGCUGGGACGCGCUCCUCAGGUAACAGUUAAAAUGUACAAGCGUGGAUCUCACGGCUGGCUGGGUAAAUCCCUGGGCGCCACUACCACCAUCCCUUCCAACACCUUUGUGAUCUUCAGGAUCAGCGGGGAGGAAGCAGACGCCAAAAUCCCAGCAAGCACCAUUCACAGCAUCAACCUCAGCAUAUGACUGUGCGUGUAUGUGUGGUUAAUAAAGACGAUCGCCAUGACAGCAAAUAUUCAGAUGCAACAAAAAAAACUCAAUGUUUUACGGAGUGCCUUUUACUAUGCGGUGUUUGUAUUUUGUAAUAUAGUACGAGCUCUGAAUGUCUUCAUUUAUUGAGAUAAAGGAAAGAAGAAAAAAAAAAGAAAAAGCCCUAUUUGCCAAUUUUCCUGAUUAUCUGAUCCUCUCUGGCAACAUUAUGUUAAUGAAGAUGCUUUCAGACAAUUAGCCUGAUUAACUUUCUCUUGUUGUGGAUUUCUAGGACUAGCCCACACUUUACACCGCCCAUUAAUUCGUCAUUAUUUUUAACUGAUUGUGUCACAUCAGUUCAGGAUUGAAGUGUUUAAUGUGUUAAUUGUGGCAGUUAAAAAAAAAACAGGCAGCCUCUGGUACAAUGAGGGGCCCGAGCGUGUGUCUGCCUCCUUGGGUUAAAUGGGAGGUGAUUUACGGUGAGGUUUCCUCGUGUUACUGUAAGGUGCUUUAUUAAUAUGCUCGACCGCGCGGAGGAGAUGAUAACGCAUUCGAGUGCACACAGGCGCGGCCACCAGCACCAUUCAUAACUGUGUCUGAGUCACUUUCCAUCAGUUACCAGGCUUACACAGCUGCGCUAACAGCUAGCAAUUGUAUUUACUGGGCCUGGCAGUGGCCAAAAUGAAGUUAUUUCCAUCAAGAUAUCAGUGCCUUUAGUUAAUGCAAUAGAGGGGGCUCUCUGUGUUGAUGGUAUCUCUUUACAUGGCAUCUCUCUACCUGAAACAUCAUUACACUGUACUCAAACUCCUCACUUUUUCAAACGUCUGUUUACCGUUUUACCUGAGGGGCAGAUCAGUGGAAGUUGUUCGAGCAGCCCUGUGUUGUUUGCACCAGUAUAAAGAACAUUGUUCAGACUCUGGUUGUUUUGAUAUGUCGGUCAGCAGUGCUUGGAUUUGUAAAAGUGUUUUUAAUGAAUUGAUUGUAUUUGCGGAUUUAAACUUAAAUACUGAUGGUAAAUGGUCUGUAUUUAUACAGCGCUUUUACCAAAGGUCUUUAUUUUUGCCAUUCACACACUUGAAUACAGUUAAAAAUGUUCACACGUCACUCACACACUCUGGUGGGGAUCGAACCUCCAACCUUCCCGUUAGUGGACGACACGCUCCACUCUAGUGGCCCCUGGAUUCUUAGGAACAGUUUUUACAACAGUACUUUAACAGUUUUGUCAGGUGAUCUAGGACGAGGAGGAAGUUACUGUUUUGCAGGAUUUACUAUAUUUUCAUUUUGCAAUAUAUUCAAAUGAAUAAUUUGUUCAUUUAAAUAAUAAACUUUAAGCACUUUCAGCAUCAACUCAAGAAGCACGGCUGCUAAACUCACUCUUCAGUUGAUUGAUUUGUGCAUGGUGGUUUUAUUCUUUGGUGUGUUUUUUUUAGCUAUGUGUUUUUAUGUUUACAUGUAUUUGUAC